AGCUUCCCAGCACCGGCAGGCAGGCAGGCAGGCAGGCAGGCACUGGCUGAGGCAGAAUUUGGGGGGAAAUCGAUCGGCUCCGAUUAGGGUUUCCGUCUCCCCAAAUCUCGUCCUCGCGUCACGCCACUGACCUCUCUAUCCAGUUCGGGGAAUGCUUCGUACGUCUCUGUAGAGGGAAGCGAUGGUGCUCUGGUGUCGACUCAGCCAGUCCAAGCUCCGUCUCGCGUCGAGCUACGCCAAGUCAUGUUACGCCCAAUCCUUGUACGCUUCGGCGCACGAAUGCGCCACUUCGUGUGCGUCCGUCGGCGUGAAGCCGGCGCCUUUCGCCGAUAUCCGCCGGCGACCCUCCGAUUUCUGCAGCAACGCCAGGUUCUUCGCCGCACCGGUUCAGGCUAAGCCGAAAGAGGAAGCUAAGGACUCCAAUGCACCGCGCCUGAAUGAGAAGAUUAAAGCGAGCAUAGUCAGGGUCGUGACAGAUGAAGGGCAUUUUGUAGUCUCAAUCCAUGAAGCAAUUGAACGAGCUAGAAAACUCAAUCUUGAUUUAGUUGAGGUUCAGAAAAGUGCUAAUCCACCUGUGUGUAAAAUUAUGGACUUCCAUAGGGAGAAGUACAAACAACAACUGAAGGAAAAGGACCGUGCUAAAAGUCAGUCAGGGGUGGCUCUACGAAAAGGAGAUUGCAAAGAAGUGCGUUUUACGGGAAAGACAGAACAGAAGGACCUAAAGAUGAAAGCCGAUACAGUUAAAAGGUUGAUGGAACGUGGCUACCGUGUGAAGUGUAGGGCAAUGGGUACUGAAGAUCAGGACUUGGGAGGAUUAUUAACUCGACUUUCUGCAUUGAUUGAAGAUGUAGCGGUUGUAGAAAGUGGACCAAGGGUGGAAAACAAACAGGCUUAUGUCAUUGUCAGGCAUGUAAAGUUUGGUCCAUCUAAGAAAGGUAAGAAGCUGUUUGGAGAUAUGAAACAAGACGGGGCGGCUCAACCAAGUGGAGACUCUGAAGAUGAGGACCCUGGCGAAAAAGGCUUGGAAUCUGAGAAAGAGAUGCUUUCUGACAAUGGAAAUGCUGGAGGCAGCUAUGCUGGCUGGUCAACGGGUGGUGCGGACUAUGGUUCCAAAGUGAACGAUAGGCCUGGAAGGGUUCCCUCUUCAUCAAACCCUAAUUAUUCAGUGAAUACAGGAGAGCCUUCCGCAGAAACUGAGAACAGGUAUGCGAAGGGAGGAGCAAAUAAUAGGUUUGCCCAAUCUAGGAGCCCAGGGGCGAGAGACUCCAACAGAUUACCGCCUGGGGUUCCGAGGAGGCAAGAGGUCCCCAAUCAAAGGAGGCAAGAGGUUCCAUAUGAAAGGAGGCAAGAGGUCCCCAAUCAAAGGAGGCAAGAGGUUCCAUAUGAAAGGAAGCAAGAGGUCCCCAAUCAAAGGAGGCAAGAGUUUCCAUAUGAAAGGAGGCAAUCUCCUUCAGAUACACAUACCUCACAUUUAACAAGAGAGUCUAAGCAAGUGGAGACUCCUCCCAGCCCCUCACGCUCGAGUUUUGGUUUAUUUAGUUCCCCUAGAGAUAAUGCUCCCAGCAAUCACGGCGAGGCACCAAAAGCCUGAGAGAAGUAACAACGGAUAAACUUCUAAAAUUACAGGGUGAUCUUCUUGCUCGAGAGAUAUAGCUAGGGCUAAUAAGGACUUUUGUGAGGCGAUAGCUGCUUGUUGUUUAAUCGAGUUAUUAACCUAUUGAAUGCGCCGAAUGAGCAGGAUGCAACUCGGUCGCGGGCGGCGCUCGAUUGUUGAGACUCCUUCCAAACUGCUGAGAAGACAUUUUGGGGUUAAGAUUAGGACAGCAUUAUUUAAUUCUUAGGCUGAUGAUUGUUAUCAUCCCUUGUAUGCCUACAUAAUUUUAUACUCCCCCAUGUUGGUUCAUUAUUGGGAUUAUCCUCUGAAGUUUUCCAUGUAUUUGGGUAUGCGCAAUUGAAUAAGGCUCGCUCCCACUUCUUUUCCGUCCCUCUGAGAACCGCUCAGAAAUGAUGUUUUGUUGUAAUCUGUUCUUGGAUUGAUGUUGGAUUGAUUGGAAGAGAAAAAAAAAUCGAGUUGAUCGAAAUGAUAAUUUUGUCGA